UGUAACGAUUCCUCUCAGAGUGCUGCGGAGGUUACGUUGUGGCUACGUGAAAUUUUUGGUUCUUUUUGGGAGCUUUAAAGUUCGUCGAAGAAAUGUCGGAACGAAAGGUUUUAAACAAAUAUUAUCCUCCAGAUUUUGACCCCUCAAAGAUCCCAAAACUUAAGCUCCCUAAAGACCGGCAGUAUGUUGUGAGGUUGAUGGCACCUUUUAACAUGAGGUGUAAGACAUGUGGGGAGUACAUCUACAAGGGGAAAAAGUUCAACGCUCGGAAGGAGACUGUUCAGAAUGAACUGUACUUGGGACUGCCAAUCUUCAGGUUUUACAUCAAGUGUACACGCUGUUUGGCUGAGAUUACGUUCAAGACAGAUCCAGAGAAUACAGACUAUGCAAUGGAGCAUGGAGCUACACGGAAUUUUCAAGCAGAGAAACUGAUUGAGGAAGAAGAGAAAAAGAUCCAAAGGGAACGAGAGGAAGAAGAGCUCAACAACCCUAUGAAGGUUCUUGAAAAUAGGACCCGUGACUCCAAAAUGGAAAUGGAGGUUCUGGAGAAUCUGCAAGAGUUGAAGGAACUAAAUCAGCGUCAGGCACAGGUUGACUUUGAGGGCAUGCUGGGGCGCUAUAAAGAGGAGGAAGAACGGGAGAAGGAGAGACAGAAGGAAGAGGAUGAGAGGGAGACCUGGGAGAUUCUGGAAAAGGCCCUGGUGAAGAGGUUGAGAGAUUCAGACUCAGAUUCUGAUCAGGAGAGAGAGCAGGGGAAAAGAAAGGCCCGCAGCCAUAUUGCUGACAAACCUACAGACUUCUUGACCUCAACAGCUGCAAAGACCACAGACACGCAGGCCACCAACUCAUUACAAGGAGGUGUGAAACACAGCCAUGUGGAGACUUGGGAGAGGAGUGUUGGGGGACUGAAUGGGGGUCCACUUGGACAACUGGUGGUGAGGAAGAAACCAGGAUCUUCAGCCCCCAAAUCUGAAACAGCUACACAACUUACAGCAAAAUCUGCACAGUCAAUUUGUGCUCUUUCAGAAAUGGAUCCAAAGCCCACUACAAGUCCUGCUAACAACACACAGCCAGUUGCUAUGCAGAGUGUCUCAUCUUUGAGUCUGCUGGGAGCAUAUUCAGACACUGAUGACAGUGAAUAAAAGAGUUGCACUAUAUAACUCUUGUAUUUGUUCAGUUUUGUUAAAAAGAAAUGUUUGUGCAUGUUUUGGUUGUCCUGGAACAUACCUGCAUUGUCACCCACUGGAGAAAUGUAUAGUGACAUUUUUAAAAUAUUCUUUUUUAAAAGUUGAAUUAAAAACUGUUUAACACAUUAUUGUAGAAAUAGAAUAUUUCCCUGCCUUUUAAUUUUGUCUAUUUGAAAAAGUAACAAAUACUGCUUGUAUUUUGACCCUAAUUCAGUUUUUUUUAUGUAACACUUCCAGUUAGAUUCAGAAUGCAGUUAAUAUAAUUCUGUAAAUGUGUAAUUCUUUCUUUGUCUUUUGUAUCAUGAGCUCUGCUGGCUGCUACAUGUAUUCAUUCCUUAGUCUGUGCUUUUUAUUUAUUUAUUUUUGCAUUUUCAUCUGAACCAUUUGAUACUCGGAGAGGGAAUAGUGGAGGAUUAGGUGAUGGAGGGGGUUGGUAUGACUUCAUCCCCUAUUUUAUCCCCAGGGAGGGGGAAAAACGGUGAGAUCAUGGCUCUUUUAACAAGGUAUUUAUGGCUUCUUUAUGGCUUCACAUGCUUUCGUCUGCAUUAUUACCCAAUCCAAUUUUCUUUUCAACAGCUGGGAAAAAGGACAUCAGCAGAAGUGUUGGGGACAUUUUGCCUACCAGAGGUAUUGUAGGCAGGGGAAAUUAUUCAUCUUGUGUCUUCAAGUGAAUAUCCCUCUUUUGUCCUAUACAUGUGCUUUGUACUGAUUGUGUGCACCUUAUUUCAAAAAAGAGUGGACAGUGUCACGGGUGCCUGCGCACAUCUGCUAGAGUGCGAGUUCAUGUGUGAGAAGUGUUCCAUAUGCACAGAGGAUAUCCUCUAUCUCCUCUACCCCAUUUGCCCACCUCCCUCCUGCUGCUUCCUCCUUUUUAUGAGUGACAAACCUGCUAAUUAGGGCAUGCAAAUCAGGAACGAGUGUGCGGAGAACAGGUUUUAAAAAAAAAAAAAAAAAAAUAGUUCUGCAAUGGGUGAAAAAGGCCUUUGUAUUAAGGUACAUCUUGCCAUAUGGUUUUCUUGUUAAUCUAUGGAGUGAUGAAGUGGUUAGUCACAUUAUUCAGGUUAAAUGGAUUUCCAAAUUGGGCUUGUUAAUUAGAAAAAAACAGAUGGUAGUCUCCUGUUUUUUUUUUUUUUUUUCUUUUUUUUUUCUUCUUCUUCUUAAAGACUCAACACCUAUGAACUAUACAAUGUUUAAAUUUAGAAACUACCCUGUUUGUCUUCCUGCAGUUGUACUUUAUAUUUCAACAAGGUGUGGGUGAAGUGGUGGAGUCUUACUGGCAAAAAAUUACUAGUAAAUGGCAUAAUGAGUAGGGGAAAGAUGACAGUUUAGAACAUGGAAGCUUGUGUCAUCGGGGUUGCAGUCCUUCUGUUGGCUGGUCUUUGUCCUUCAUGGUUAGAGCUCCAGGUGGAAUGUAAAUUGAAGGUUGGACUUUAAUGGUUUUGUCAUUUUUGUAACAGUGUUGUACAGGGGUGAAUCCACUUUAUUUUUGCUAUGAAUUGAAAAGACUUGCUAAGUUUAGGUCUCCAUCAGUUUUAUCCCAAAUUAAUACUCAGAUAUAAAUGUGUUCUGUAAUUAAUAUGAAAAUGUGAACUGAUCUCUAGAACCUUUACUGUGGCUAGAGAGGUAUAAUUAAAUUGUGUUCUGAUCUUACAGCAGAACACUUUAGAAUAAUUAUAUUAUGAACUCAUAAUAAGCUUUUUCCAUUUCCUACACCCCACACCUACUACAUCAUGCGUAAAGGUCUGCUUAAAAUCUUGUGAAUCAGGAAGCCCCAAGGAACUGAUCAUGGCAGUGAUCUGAAUCUGAAACAACAUCUGUAAAAAAGGCAGCUUAUUUAGAUAGUUAUGGCUUAGAAUGCAAAGUUUGUGAUCUGAAAAGAUGUUUUUCAAAACUCAUUUUUACCAGUAACUGCAGGGACCGAAUUAGCAAUGAAAACAAAGAAAACAUUUUUAAAAUGCUCUUUAGAAAUAAGGUUUGAAAGACACCUUUGUUUAUUGAAAAUUUUGUGUUACGUGAAUGAAAUAUAUGAAGUGGCCUGAUUUUCAGGACCAUCUUGUUUUAAUUCAAUGAAGUUGACAAGUGCAGGAGUACCAAAGGGGUCUUUCUGGGUUGAAAAAGUCCGUAACAGCUACAUAGACGGAAGGAACAAAUACGCCCUUUUGUUGUCAGCGAGCGACUGCCUGCUGGGCCUUUCUAGCCCACCCAUCAGGGAAGUUACUCUUAACUACAUUGUUCAACAAUACAGUUUGAGUUGGGAGAGAAACUAGCAAAGACAUGAUGAAAUUUGCAGCAACAAAAUGUGGGAUAAAUGUGCCAUUUGAAUCCUUUCAUACACUCAUUAAGCAUGGAUUUUGGUUUUAAAACCAGAUCUGGGAGGAAAUAUGAUGGAUCUUCAAAGUGACUUUCAACAAAGCACACAUCAAAUGUAUAGUUUAUUGAUAUUUUUCUUUGCGGGCUCCUUUAUUACUCUUCUACUUGAUUUGUUACUGAUGCCUGUAGCCUGUACUUAUUAGUAAGCUGGUGCUUUCUACAUACCUGACAAAAAUAUAGGCUCCUUUUUGUUUAAUGGAUCUAUUUUUGGCCAGACACCUGGUUAUCUGUCAACUUUACUUCAUCUCCACUACUAACAGCUUUGAAUCUAAUUUUAUAUAGAGCUGGUUAUUUCCAAGGCUCUCUCCAUACUGACCAAAGCUCUUCUCGUUUAACCGAAAAGCUUCCCAAAGCACCUUCCGAUUAUCUGUAGAUGUAUUCCCAAACCUUUUAACCUUUCUACCGAUCUUACUGAAUGGUCACCCCCCCAUUGUCCGAUUUAUUCAAUUCAAACUUUUUUUAAUGAGAUGUAUGCAUUUUAUGUUUUCACUUAUGUAUAAUUUUUUUCCCCU